AUGGGUAUCUCAUCGACAGCCACGAGGUUAUUCUCGCGGAAUUCGAUCUAUGUCGGCACCAUCUUCUUUGGCGCUUUUGCGUUCGGCAUAGGCUACGACAAGGCCACCAGUGCUUUCUGGGAAUACCACAACAAGGGGAAGCUAUGGGCUGAUGUCAAGCCACGCUACGUGAAGGAUUGA